AGUGUAUACCAAUUAGAUGUUUAACAAUCUACUCUCCACAUAUGGUGGCCCAAUUCUAUGGCAUUCUUCGAACAUUUCGGCCUUUCUCGAUUUCCCGCUUUUCUCUCUCCUCCUUUCCGUCCACUAGCUUCUUCUUCAAAAAUCUCCAUUUUCAGACAAACGUCUGCUCUAUCUGCCUCUGCAAAUUCAGUCAUUCAAUGCUCAUCUAGCUUUCUUCAAUGGCGGGAGGCCGAUUGACGCAUUUUAUCCGUCGCUAUUCGUCCAAGCAAACCAUUUCUCAGGUUAGGGUUUUACUUUUAAACCCUAUUUGUCAUCUUCACAAUUAUUGUAUUCCAAGUAAUGGUUUUCCUUCGUCUUCUAAUUCGUUCUUAAGAGUGUCAUCGUUGUCAUUACUGCCAAAAUUUAAUGUAUAUGGUGUUAAGGCUUUUUCGACUUUUGUUGAAACUGAUGUUAAUGAAAGAAAAGACGAUAAUGUUAUUGUUGAUACCAGUGAUAUAGCUGCUAAUAAUGAUGGUUUAGUUGAUAAUGAUAUCACAAAUGAGCAUGAUGUUAAUAAUGGCGAGUUAAGUUCCUCUGGAAACUAUGAAGGGUUUGAGCAUGUUGCCUCGAUUGACCCCGUAGAAAUUUAUAGGCAGCUUUGUGAGUUGCCCCGGGAUGGGAAAUUAGGCAGGGAGGAUUGGGAGUUGUUGCAUGAUAUUUUUGGGCGUUUUUUGCGGUCUGCUUGGGCAACGAAUCAAGCUUUAGCUAUAUACAUUGGGGCGUCGAUUUUUCCAACUGCAGUACAUAAAUUCAGGGCUUUUUUCAUAAAACAUUGCCGGAAUGAUAUUGCUAAGUACUUGCUUUCUUUGGGACCGAGUGAUGAAGCGGAGAGGUUUUUGUUUCCCGUGUUUGUUGAAUUUUGUCUUGAAGAGUUUCCUGAUAAGAUUAAGAAUUUUCGAAGUAUGGUUGAAUCUGCUGAUCUUACCAAACCUCACACUUGGUAUCCCUUUGCAAGGGCAAUGAAACGCAAGGUUGUUUAUCAUUGUGGGCCUACUAAUAGUGGGAAGACAUAUAAUGCUUUGCAACGGUUCAUGGAAGCAAAGAAAGGGAUAUAUUGUAGUCCAUUGAGGUUGUUGGCGAUGGAAGUUUUUGAUAAGGUUAAUGAUCUCGGUGUUUAUUGUAGUAUGCUUACUGGACAGGAGAAGAAAGUUGUGCCCUUUUCUAAUCACGUUGCCUGCACGGUUGAAAUGGUGUCGACUGACGAAAUGUAUGAUGUUGCUGUUAUAGAUGAGAUACAAAUGAUGGCUGAUUCUUGCAGAGGAUUUGCAUGGACUAGGGCAUUAUUAGGACUAAAGGCUGAUGAAAUACAUCUAUGUGGUGAUCCAAGUGUAUUAAAGAUUGUUCGGAAGAUUUGUUCAGAUACAGGAGAUGAGUUGGUGGAACAGCACUAUGGUAGAUUUAAACCAUUGGUGGUUGAAGCUAAGACAUUGCAAGCGGAUCUUCGAAAUGUAAAGUCUGGUGACUGUGUAGUUGCGUUCUCCAGGAGGGAGAUUUUUGAGGUCAAAUUAGCUAUUGAAAAGCAAACUAAGCACCGUUGUUGUGUUAUUUAUGGUGCUUUGCCGCCGGAAACUCGCAGGCAGCAAGCUACUCUGUUUAAUGACCAAGAUAACGAAUUCGAUGUCUUAGUUGCUAGUGAUGCUGUAGGAAUGGGCUUGAAUCUUAACAUAAGAAGGGUAGUCUUCUAUACCCUUUCAAAGUACAAUGGGGACAAGGUUGUUCCCGUUCCAGCCUCACAGGUGAAACAAAUUGCAGGUAGGGCUGGUAGGAGAGGAAGUAUCUAUCCAGAUGGUCUUUGCACUACUUUGAAUAUGGAAGAUCUUGAUUAUCUAAUUGAAUGUCUAAAACAACCUUUUGAGGAUGUUGAGAAAGUGGGUCUAUUUCCAUGUUAUGAGCAAGUUGAGUUUUUUGCGGGGAAACUACCUGAUACAACUUUUGCUCAACUUCUUGAAAAGUUUGCUGAAAAUUGUCGCCUUGAUGGAUCUUACUUCUUGUGUCAACAUGCUGGUAUAAAGAAGGUCGCUAAUAUGCUGGAGAAAGUUCCGGGUUUAUCACUUGAAGAUCGCUAUAAUUUUUGCUUUGCUCCUGUUAACAUUCGAGACCCAAAGGCAAUGUAUCAUCUCCUAAAGUUUGCUUCAUCAUUUAGUCAACAGCUUCCUGUCAAUAUAGCUAUGGGCAUUCCUAAGAAUUCUGCUAAAAAUGAUUCAGAGCUAUUAGAUCUUGAGACUAAGCACCAAGUUUGUUCUAUGUAUAUGUGGUUGUCAAACCAUUUUAACGAAGAUAAAUUUCCUUAUAAGCUAAGGGCAGAAUCUAUGGCGUCUAAUAUUGCUGAAUUGCUGGGAGAAUCUUUAAGUAAAGCAACGUGGAAACCUGAAUCGAGAGGACCAAAUAGGAAGAAGCCUGAACAGAAGGAUGGAUAUGAAAGACCACGGUCACUUAUACAAAUAUUUGACAAGAAAAGGCAAGAUCAGUCCUUGGCACAGGAUAAAUCUGAUAAAUCUAAGAAGAUACUUGCAUAGUUUACUUGGUUUUUCAUCUUCACAAUAUGAUGGGAUUAAUGUGUGAUUUGGUUUGAUUUUUACUCUAUUUUAUGGGCUGCCUUGGAGAAGACCGAAAACCAACCUGCUGACAUUAAUAGUACAUGGGAGAUUUGAGAAGACUUUUAGCAGAAGUUGGGGGAACAAACGUAAGGUUUGGUUCAUUUCAGCAUGAAGAACCUAUUGAUUUGCCAAGUUGUGACAAUGUUAUUCAUAGAAACUGGGUCAGCAGUUUGAGGAGCAGUAUUGAUAGGCACACCUAUUUUAUGGAAAUGCAGUACUACACUUUACACCAAUCAAGCUAUUUACGUGCACAAAGAGUGGAUAAAUGUCUAACAGGAACAUAUAUAUAUGAAUGAAACCUAGGGACUUGUCACUUUGCCCUUCCCUAGUUUUGCAAUUUUGGUUAAAGCUUGGUGGUGAAAGAGGAAUUUCCGAGGAUUGUUUCUUAAGAUUGUUAUUAAACUAUUAAUACUAGUAGGUGUUAAUUCUGUAAUCUGCAUCUGAUUCUGAUUUUAGUGCAGGCUGAUGUUCAGAUUUGCUGACUAUAGUUUGAUAGGCGUUUCUUGCUGUCAGAUAAAAUUCUGUCAACAGUGAUUUUCGAGUUUUAGAAUGAAUAUGUGUUGUUCUCAGUUUUGUUAGCUUAAA